AUGAUAAAAUUAAAAUUUAUUUUAUUAUUUACUAUUUUAUUGGUGUUACAUAUUAAUGGUUUAGAUCAAAUAAAAAAAGAUAAAAUAUCUAAAAAUGUUUUUAAUCGUCUUGGUACAGAUUUAAAUAAUACUUUAAAUAUUGAUGAUCAAAUUAAAUUAUGGAUAUUUUUUAAUUCUAAAGAUUAUAUAAUUGAGAAUAAACAAAGUACAACAUCAACUGGUCAAACUCAAACACCUUCUAAUCAAUAUAAACAAAUUCAAUCAAUUACUGGUGUAAAUGAUGAUUCAAUAAAAAGAAGAAGUAAAAGAUCAAUUAAUAAAAAAGUACCAAUAUUUGAUGAGACUGAUUUACCAGUUUCAGAGAAAUUUAUUAAAGAGAUUAUAAAUGAUUGUAAUUUGAAUCAUGAAAUUUUAUCAAUUAAAUUACUUCGUAAAUCAAAUUGGUUAAAUUCAAUUUCAAUUAUUACAACUGAUAAAACAAUUGAUAGUAAUGAUAAAUCAUCUUCAUCAUCAUCAUCAAAUGAAAAUUUUCAAUUAAAUAAAGUUAUUACUUGUAUUUCAAAUAAAAAAUUUGUUGAAUCAAUUGAUUUAGUUUCAAAAUUAUUAAAUCCACAAUCUGGUCAAGAUGAAAUUAAAGAAAUUAGACAUCAUAGAUUUGAAAAUUCAAAAAAUAAUAAUAUUAAUGAUUUUAAUAAUCCAAUUUCCAAAUUAUUGGGUCAUGUAAAAUUAUUAUCAUCAGUUCAAGAUGAUUCUUCAACAAUCAAGUAUGAUAAAUCAUUUUAUGGUGAAUCAUUUCAAGGUAUUAGUCAAACUAGUAUUGAUAAAUUGCAAAGGUUGGGUUAUGAUGGCUAUGGUUUGAAAAUUAUUGUAAUGGAUACUGGUUUCUAUAAGGACCAUGAUGCAUUUAAACAUUUAAAAAUAAUUGGUGAACAUAAUUUCAUUGAUAAUACAAACGACACUCAAGAGGACCCAGUUGAGAAUGAAGAUCCUAGAUAUAGUCAAAAUUUUCAUGGCACUGCAACACUAUCCGUUUUGGGUGGUUUCAUACCUGGUAAAUUAGUCGGUGCUGCAUAUAAUGCAAGUUAUUUAUUAGCAAAGACUGAAAUUGUAGAAGGUGAGGACACUGUAAUCGAAGAAGAUAAUUGGAUUGCCGCUUUGGAAUGGGGUGAGAAAUUGGGUGCGUCAAUCAUUUCCUCAAGUUUAAGCUACCAACUUUACAAUUAUCCAGAGAUGAAUGGAAAAGAUUCACAUUUAACCAAAGCUGCAAAUUUGGCCAUUUACAAAGGUAUGAUAGUGGUGAAUAGUAUGGGUAAUAAAGAUUACAGUAUCUUUGGUGCUCCUGCUGAUGGUGAGAAUGUAAUUUCUGUGGGCGCUGUGGAUUCCAGUGGCAGAUACGCACCUUUCUCCUCCAUAGGCCCCACUGCCGAUGGCAGGAUCAAACCUGAUAUCAUGGCCUUGGGUGUGGGAUACUAUAUUGCACUCUCCACAUCGAGAAGUAGUUUUUCCAGUGUCGACGGCACAAGUUUUGCAUGUCCAUUGGUGGCAUCGGGUAUUGCAUUGUUAAUGCAAGCUCACCCAGAUUGGAACACUCAGCAAAUCUACCAAGCUGUCCUAUCCACCGGCUCAAAAGCUUCUAAUCCCGAUCCAUAUGUCGGCUUUGGUGUUUUCAAUGCAUUGGGUGCCUACAAUUUCAGACCAUCAGUCGGUGAUUGCUAUUCCACUGGUUGUUCAAAUCAUGGUAUAUGUUGUUCGAGUCAAUGUCAAUGUGCACCUGGUUACUAUGGUAAACAGUGUCAAUAUAAAAGAGUUGAAUGUGGUUAUAGAUGUCAAUAUGAUUUCAACUCAAUUUGCCAAUCUAAUAAUCUCGGUCCAUCUUAUACCUGUGUCUCUCAAAAUGAUACUGCAAAUGCUAUUUUAAAUCAAGAUCCAUUUUCAAUUUUAUUUUGUAAAAAAUCUGAUAAUCCUACUUCAACAACAACAACCCCAAAACCCUCAACAAAUUUUGGUGGUUUAAUCAGAAUUGUAAUUUCCUUAUAA